AUGCUGUUGCGAGACCUUUCACCCUCACAUGCGCUGCUGGCGACCCUUCUUGCUGCUGCGCCUCAGCUCUCCUCAGCAUUUUAUCUCCCUGGAGUCGCACCAACAUCAUACGCCGAAGGCGACAGUGUCCCACUAUAUGUCAAUGCUUUAACAGCUUCAGCUUCACAGAAGGAUGGCGCCCUACGGUCUAUUGUGCCGUAUGACUAUUACCACCCAAUGUUCCAAUUCUGCCGGCCAGACCCAGAACCCGAAGAGCGACCGGAAAGUUUGGGCAGCAUCAUAUUUGGCGACAGAAUCAAGACGUCUCCCUUUGAGCUGAAGAUGGGAGUGAAUGAAACGUGCAAGGCAGCCUGCAAUUCUGUGAAGUUCGACGUAGGGUCGGCAGCUUUUACGAAUGAUAAGAUAUUUAGAGAUUUUGAUCUUAACUGGCUGGUGGAUGGAUUGCCGGCAGGGCAACUGUUGGAGGUCGAUAAAACCAAGACCCAAUUCUAUAGCCAGGGCUUUAAGCUUGGGAACUCAGAAAUGAGCCCACCGGCACUAAACAACCAUUACGACAUUCUCAUCGACUAUCAUGAGUCUUCGACGGGCCAGUUUAGGGUUGUCGGUGUGCUCGUCCAGCCGUCGUCGAGAGCCAAUUCGGGUGUGCAUGACGGGACCCCCGACUGCGGUGAUGCGUCGACGCCAAUGCAAUUGGCAACGGACCGCGAGACGACUGUGACGUGGACAUACGGUGUGUACUGGCGUCCGUCGCCGACGGCAUGGGGCACUCGAUGGGACAAGUAUCUGCAUGUUUUCGAUCCGAAGAUCCACUGGUUCUCCCUCAUCAACUCCGCCAUCAUCCUCGUCUUCCUAUCCCUGACGGUUGUGUCCAUCUUGUAUCGUGCCCUGAAGAAGGAUAUUGCACGCUACAACCGCCUUGACUCUAUCGAUCUCGAGGACUUUUCGGGCACCUCGGCGGGUCUUGAAGACGGUGUGCAGGAAGACUCGGGAUGGAAGUUGGUGCACGGCGAUGUCUUCCGGGCUCCAAAGUACUCGCUGAUGUUGUCGGUCUUCCUCGGGAAUGGAGCUCAACUAUUUGUGAUGACCGGGGCCACGAUUGCCUUUGCGCUGUUGGGGUUCUUGUCUCCUUCCAACCGCGGCUCGCUCGGCUCCGUCAUGAUCAUUCUCUACACCCUGUUCGGAUUCAUUGGCGGCUACGCCUCUGCUCGCGUCUACAAAUCUUUUGGUGGAGAGUCAUGGAAACUCAAUAUUGGGCUGACGCCCCUCCUCGUUCCUGGACUCGUCUUCAGCACCUUCUUCCUCCUCAACUUUUUCCUCUGGGUUAAGGGGUCGAGCGGUGCUGUCCCAUUCACAACCAUGGUCGUUGUUGUUGCGAUUUGGUUUGUGAUUUCUGUGCCGUUGUCUUUCGCCGGAUCCUGGGUUGGAUUCAGACAACAGGCCGUUGCUCCCCCUGUGCGCACGAACCAGAUUCCCCGCCAGAUCCCUCCAGGAACCACAUGGCUCCGCCCUAUUCCCAGCAUGCUUCUUGUUGGUCUGCUGCCUUUUGCCGCCAUCUUUGUCGAACUCUUCUUCAUCAUGUCGUCCAUCUGGUUCAGCAAGGUCUACUACAUGUUUGGAUUCCUUUUUCUCUGCUACGGGCUCAUGAUUGUCACGUGCGCAGCGGUGACGAUCCUUUUGGUGUAUUUCCUGUUGUGCUCAGAAAACUACCACUGGCACUGGCGCGCGUUCCUUGCUGCUGGCACGAGCGCAUUUUACGUAUUCUUGCACGCGGUUGCGUACUGGGUGACGAAGUUGCAGCUGGGAGGGUUGACCGGAGGGGUUCUUUACUUGGGAUACAGCGCUUUGAUCAGCUUUUUGUUUUUUAUUCUCACCGGCACCAUUGGUUUCUUUGCAAGCUGGGCGUUCGUGCAGAAGAUCUACGGAUCGAUCAAGAUUGAUUAG